AUGAGACGGCGGUCCUUGCCAACAAUCGAGCUUACACCGCUUGAGAAAACCAUACAGAGACUGUUGCUGGAUUUGAAAGAAUAUAUAGAGAAGAGGGAGCAAUCUGUUGGUCGUACAGCGCAAGAAGAAAUGGUAUUGCGGUUCACUGGUGGUUGGGUACGGGAUAAGCUGCUGGGUGUUUCGAGUCACGAUAUCGACGUCGCAAUCAGCACAAUGACCGGGUUGAGGUUUGGAACAUACCUUCAGGAAUAUCUAGAGGAAUCUGAUAACUUGAAAAAAUAUAUGAACAACAAGGAAUUUGCAUUCACCGAUGAGAUGUUGAAAGUCCAUACAAUCAAAGCGAAUCCGGAAAAGUCCAAGCAUCUAGAGACUGUGACUACGAGGUUGUUUGGUCUAGAUAUCGACCUCGUCAAUCUGCGGAAAGAAACGUACACCGAGCUUAGUCGGAAUCCGCAGGUGGAGUUUGGUACAGCCGAAGAAGAUGCUCUGCGUCGAGACGCCACCGUCAAUGCAUUGUUUUUCAACUUGAACACGUCGAUGCUAGAGGAUUUUACCGGACUGGGAUUGGAUGAUAUGGAAAGGAAGCUGAUCAGGACUCCACUUGAACCAUAUCAGACAUUCAAGGAUGACCCUCUACGAGUACUUCGGCUGAUCCGAUUUGCGAGUCGGCUGGGCUAUCACAUCGACGAGAAGACCCAGGAAGCUAUGCAGGAUGAAGACAUAAAAAAGGCCUUUAAACUGAAAAUUAGCAAGGAACGUGUGGGAAUCGAGAUGGAAAAAACCCUCCGAGGGCCGGAUCCUAGAAUUGGGUUGAAGUACAUAGAUGACCUUGGACUUUACACUACUAUUUUUGCAAACCAACAUGAUGAUGUCGAGGCGUCAACGACUUCCUGGUCUCUUGCUUAUGAUGCUCUAGAUCGAAUACUCAACCGCAUACGCAAAACAGACGAGCUUCAACAGAUCAAGCACAUUAAAAAAAUUCUUGUUCGAGAUGAGGAGGAAUUCUAUGCUUGGGUUAUGGCUGCGUUUGUCCCGUGGGUCGCUGUUCCUGCACGUAAACCGGGUCCGAAAAAAGAGAAACCCCCUAUUAUACCAAGGGCAGCGGAAGUCGCAAGGGACAAUCUUCGCAUGGAAAACAAAAUAGUCAAUGCCCUGAAAGACGCAGCGGAACUUUUCAAGGAGGUCAGCGCUUUGAAAUCAUCGGUGAUUCUCAACAGCAUCCCUGGGACAGCUGCUGAGGUUAGACAACAUGUUGGACUCCAAGUCAGGUCCUGGAAGAAAGAUUGGAGACUGAUUGUCUUGAUGGCCUUGUUGCAAGAGAUUGCGGCGGGUGUCGAAUCGCGUAAAGUUUUCCAAGAAUUCGAUGCCUUCCUCUCAUACUUAGAGAAAGAAGACCUUCUUGAAGUGACAGAACUGAGACCGAUUGCGAAUGGCAAGGAGGUUUCCGCUGCAUUUGAACUUCCCAACGGAAGAUGGCUUGCUUCUGCUCUAGAGAUGCUGAUCCGUUGGCAGCUCCUUCAUCCUCACAAUACCGACAAGGAUCAGGCGUUGGAGGUGUUAAAAAGUCGUAGGGCGGAGUUGGGCAUAUGA